AUGGCUUCCCAGCCCGGUCUGAACAAAGUGUUUCUGUGGAGCACUCCACGUUGUGUAUCCACUGCGUUCGCCAAAUGCAUGAGUUACGUCGAUGGGAUGCAGGUCGUACACGAACCGUACCUCUGCGCAUUCCUUCUAGACGUGGAGAGAGAUAAGCCCAAAGAUCCCAACGAAGAUGAGAGACGGAUCGAAGAGCGGACCUACGAGGUGCUGGAUCCGUCAGUGGAUGUUGGAGAAGGAUUUGAUGAAAAGACGUGCACCUAUAGCUGGAUCAAAGACGAGCUUCUCUCUGGGAAACAGUACCCAGAUAAGAAGAUCAUCUUCUGCAAGGAUGUUGCUCAUCACCUGGCAGGAAAGUAUCACAUGUUGCCUGAAGGUUUCAAGUAUAGCUUUGCCAUUCGUCAUCCAGCUAAAGUCUACCUGUCCUUGAAGGUCCUUCUGACGCGAUUCUACGGAGAGGAAAUAGAUCUACUCAAGCUGCCUCUGUUUCCACCAGGGUACGGCUACAAGGAGCUCUAUGACUUGGUGGAGUAUGUCAAACAAAACCUGGAUCCCAACCCGACUAUCGUAGACACGGAUGAUCUGCUGGAUGACCCGUCUGGUAUCUUGACAGUCUACUGUCAGAAGAUGGGCAUUCCUUACAGUGAUAGUCUGUUGUCUUGGCCGGCAGGGGACGACAUCGUCAAGCAGUGGAAGAUAGCCAAGUAUCUCCUGAAAGGUGACAGGCUGCUAGGAUUCUACAAGGCAGCCUUUGAGAGUACAGAGUUCGUGAAGCCCAAACCGCCACCACUUUUGGAGGCACUACCAGAAGACGUCAAGAAGUGUGUCCAUGCUACCAUGGGCUACUACGAAAAACUGCGCAAAGAUAGAAUUUCGGCAUAACUGAAGAAAUGAAUUCAAAUUGGGGUUACUAAAUAUAAAUUAAAACACAGCAUUUUAAAUUGAUUGUUAGAAAUUUACCCGAAAAUAACUGCCAGCAGUAUGUUCAUGUUUUGUUAUCUUUGGCUGCUCUUUAUAUUUUUGUUGUAUUUUAAGUAACUAAAAGCACAGCCAGCAACUGAAUUAUUGCGAAUUAUCUCAAAGCAAUUUUAACAUUAAAUACCGGAACUUCCUUCCGCGUAUGAUGUGAAAUUGCAUGAAAACAAAAUAGGACCUUACAUGUUUUUAUCUAUAUCCCUUAUUUCAGUAUUAUAUUAUUAUUUUCGUUUAAAUUGAAUUUUUGUUCAGAAUUACUUUAAACAUAUUUUCCAAACUAAUCAGACUUGCAUGUAUUUUUACAUUGACAUUCCUAAUUUCUGACUAUCUACAGGGUGACCAAAAAUGCAACCCUGAA